AUGGCAACGACUCCGAACGAUCCUGGCGUGGUCACCCCCGAGUCUGACGGUCCUUCGAAAAGUGCAGCGAAAAAGGAGGCCAAGAGGCUAGAGAAAGAGGCGAAGCUCGCUGCUAAACAUCUCAAGCAAGCCACUAACACACCUGCUGGCGAAAAGAAGGCAAAGGCGGACAAAGAGAAGAAGGAGCAGGAACCUGCAUUUGUAAACACCACUCCUAAGGGCGAGAAAAAAGAUAUGUCUCAACCGAUGGCAAGUGGGUAUAAUCCUAUCGCAGUCGAGUCUGCUUGGUACGAUUGGUGGGAGGCCCAAGGCUUCUUCAAGCCUCAGACCACGGAGAAUGGCGAGACUAAACCAGAGGGCGUCUUUGUGAUUCCGAUGCCUCCCCCGAACGUCACCGGAAGCCUCCAUAUCGGUCACGCACUGACUAUUGCUAUUCAGGAUUGCUUAAUACGCUGGAAUCGGAUGCUCGGAAAGACUACCCUCUUUGUCCCAGGUUUUGAUCAUGCUGGAAUCUCGACACAAUCUGUUGUUGAAAAACGGUUAUACAAAGCGGAAGGCAAGACCCGACACGAUCUCGGUCGAGAGGUGUUUUUAGGCAAGGUGAUGGAGUGGAAAAAUGACUACCAAGCACGCAUCACCGAUCAAUUAAGGAGACUUGGAGGAAGUUGUGACUGGGACCGUGUCGCCUUCACCAUGAGUCCUUCGCUAUCAACAGCUGUUACUGAGACGUUCUGUCGGCUCCACGAGGAUGGCAUCAUCUACCGCGCCAAUCGACUUGUUAAUUGGUGCGUUCAGUUGAAUACUACCCUCUCGAACCUUGAGGUGGACCAAAAACAACUUCUUGGCCGUACCUUACUUAAUGUCCCAGGCUACGACGCAAAGGAAAAAUUCGAAUUUGGUGUCAUCACCUCAUUCGCAUAUCAAAUUGAAGGCUCAGAUGAGCGGAUUGUCGUUGCUACGACCCGCCCGGAAACAAUGCUUGGUGAUACAGCUAUUGCAGUACAUCAAGAUGAUGAUCGAUACAAGCACCUUCAUGGCAAGUUUGCUAUUCAUCCCUUCUUGAACAGGCGUCUUCCUAUUAUCGUCGACGAACAAGUAGAUAAGGAGUUUGGAACUGGUGCAGUGAAGAUCACGCCAGCUCAUGAUCCGAACGAUUAUGAGGUUGGUGUCCGUCACGGGCUUGAUUUCAUCAACAUUUUGAACGAUGAUGGAACGUUCAAUGAAAAUGCUGGAGAGCAAUUCAAGGGGAUGAAACGCUUCCACGCUCGGCGUGAGGUUAUAAAGAAGCUCACAGACUUGGGCCUAUUCGUCGAGACCAAGGAUAAUUCCAUGCAGAUUCCCAUUUGCAGUAAAUCAGGCGACAUUAUUGAGCCUGUCUUGAAGCCUCAGUGGUGGGUGAAUUGCCAACCUCUUGCUGCAGAAGCAAUCAAGCGUACGAGGGCAGGCGAACUUUCGAUUGGCCCCAAGCAGAGUGAAGCAGACUGGUAUCGCUGGCUUGAAAACAUACAGGACUGGUGUAUCUCACGGCAAUUAUGGUGGGGUCACCGAUGCCCAGCCUAUUUCGUUCGAAUUGAGGGAGAAGAUUUCGACAGAAACGAUGGAAAGAACUGGGUUGUGGGUCGGACUGUGGAAGAAGCAACCGAACGAGCGAAAAUCCUUGCAAAUGGGAAGAAUUUUACACUCGAGCAAGAUGAAGAUGUCCUCGAUACUUGGUUCUCCUCUGGACUGUGGCCCUUCUCAAUCCUGGGAUGGCCAGAAAAGACUGUCGACUUCUCUCAGUAUUACCCUGCCAGCAUCCUUGAAACAGGCUGGGACAUCCUUUUCUUCUGGGUGGCGCGUAUGGUUCUCAUGGGCAUCUAUCUUACCGGUCAGAUGCCAUUUUCUGAAGUACUCUGCCACGCGAUGAUUCGCGAUGCUCAUGGACGUAAAAUGAGCAAGUCGCUCGGUAACGUCAUUGACCCGAUCGACGUCAUCCACGGACUGCCACUUGAGCAACUCCACCAGAAAUUGUAUGAAGGUAAUCUUGAUGAGAAGGAGAUUCUCAAGGCGAUCGCUGGUCAGAAGAAGGAUUUCCCGAAGGGCAUUCCGGAAUGUGGUACGGAUGGGUUGAGGUUCGCUCUCUGCGCAUACUCAGGCGGCGGCAGGGAUAUCAACUUGGAAAUCCUGCGAGUAGAGGGAUACCGCAAGUUCUGCAACAAGAUCUUCAAUGCCACGAAGUUUGCAAUGCUCAAACUUGACGACAGUUUUUCGCCAGAGACAACUGCGAAGCCAACCGGAAAUGAAAGUCUUGUGGAACGCUGGAUCCUACACAAGCUCAACGUAGCCGCGACACAGAUCAACACGCAGCUCCAAGAACGCAAUUUCAUGGCUGCGACUACGUCAGCCCAUAAUUUCUGGUUAUACGAACUCUGCGACGUCUAUAUUGAGGCAAUGAAACCUUUGACCGACGCAUCAGUCCCCCUCCAGACUCGUACGUCAGCGCAGCAAACAUUGUAUACUUGCCUGGAUCAAGGUCUGCGCCUACUUCAUCCAUUUAUGCCCUUUGUUACGGAGGAGCUAUGGCAGCGACUGCCAAGGCGUCCGACAGACCCCACCCCCUCCAUCAUGAUAGCGUCUUACCCCGUCAAUGUGGGUUAUUAUCUGCCAUUCAAAGUUACUUUUACUGAAUUGAAACAGGAUCCUGACUUCAUAAGUUCCGGAGAGGAAAAAGAUUUUGAUUUAGUGAUGUCUGCCGUGCGCGCAGCUAGGUCGCUUGCUGCAUCUUACAACCUCCAGUCCAAUAUCCAAUUAUUCGUUCAUUCCCAGACAGGCAAGGAGAUCGAUUUGUUCCGCUCGCAGAUGCAAGCUAUGAUCACUUUGAUCAAGGGAUGCAGUGCUGUGAACGUCAUCGAGGACGUGAAAGCCCUUCCCGCGGGGUGCGGUUCAGCCGUCAUAAACUCCACCACAACAGUCCACGUGUUGGUCAAGGGACUUGUUGACCUUGACGCGGAGAUAGCCAAGUGUGACAAGAAACUCGUGCUUGCGCGCCUCAAUCUGGAAAAGAUCAUGAAGAUUAUUUCACAACCAGAUUACGCUGAGACCAUGCCGUCUGUCGUGCAAAUAACAAAUGACGAGAAGGUGGCGUUGCUCUCUUUUGACCGCCAAAUCUAG